UCUUACACUCCAAUAAAUUCUGAACUAAAGAAAUUCGAAAUUAAAUUGUAAUUAAAAAUAAAUAACUAAAUAAAUGCUGGUCCACUCUCGUAUUUUCUUUCUCGCGGUUGUUAGACAGAGGAACAAACAAAUCAACCACCGAUGAAGUGUCCAUAUUGCUCGGCGGCGCAAGGUCGGUGCGCCACGACGACCACGGGCCGGUCUAUAACAGAGUGCACCUCGUGCGGUCGAGUCGUGGAAGAACGCCAAUUCCAGAACCACCACCUCUUCCACGUGCGUGCUCAAGACACCCCUCUCUGCCUUGUCACCUCCGAAAUCCCCGCUCUCGCUUCCGCCUUCCAAGUCGACGAAGACGACCCGUUUGAGCCCACGGGGUUUAUCACGGCGUUUUCCACAUGGUCCCUCGAGCCCAGCCCACUCUUCCUCCGCUCCUCUCUCUCCUUCUCCGGCCACCUCGCCGAGCUCGAACGGACUCUGGAGCUUUCUUCGUCUUCGGCGCCAUCGUCUACGUCAUCGUCGACGGUUGUGGUGGAUAAUUUGAGGGCGUAUAUGCAGAUUAUUGACGUGGCGUCGAUUUUGGGGUUGGAUUGCGACAUAUCGGAUCACGCGUUUCAGUUGUUUAGGGAUUGUUGUUCGGCCACUUGUUUGAGGAACCGGAGUGUUGAGGCGCUUGCUACUGCUGCUCUUGUUCAGGCCAUUAGGGAAGCUCAAGAGCCCCGAACCCUCCAGGAAAUCUCCAUUGCUGCCAAUGUACCGCAGAAAGAGAUAGGCAAGUACAUAAAGAUAUUGGGAGAAGCUCUACAACUAAGUCAGCCUAUCAAUAGUAAUUCAAUAUCAGUCCAUAUGCCAAGAUUUUGCACUCUCCUUCAGCUUAACAAAUCUGCACAGGAGCUGGCAACUCAUAUUGGAGAAGUUGUUAUCAACAAAUGCUUCUGCACUCGGAGGAAUCCAAUCAGCAUCUCUGCAGCUGCUAUAUAUCUGGCAUGCCAAUUAGAAGACAAACGCAAGACACAGGCUGAGAUUUGUAAGGUGACAGGUCUCACGGAGGUCACCCUUCGAAAAGUCUACAAGGAACUAUUAGAAAAUUGGGAUGAUCUACUUCCAUCAAAUUAUACUCCGGCUGUCCCUCCAGAGAAAGCAUUUCCCACAACUACAAUUGCCACAGGCCGAUCUUCAGGGCCUAGAGUUGAUCCAAUUGACCUUUCUUCAGUGGAGAGAGAUAAGCAGCAAGACUCCAAACCAAAUAAGCAGAUUGAAACGUUGGAACCAGGCCUUCAAGCUAGAGGCAAGGAUGAUGCAGAAAGCAACGGCAACCCUUCUGGAACCCAUACUGCUAUGUUGAACCGGCCACCACAUUACAGGCAGCCCUGGCUUCAGUUUGGUCCACCUGGUGUUUGGACAGCAGGAGAUAGAAACCAAACCAUCGUUCGAGCAGACAUCAACGAGGCACAAACGAGCUGUCCAGAGUUGGAGCAAAAGGGGGAUAAGCCCAAGAUCGAUAGCAAGGGUGCUACUAGUUCUCUAAGGCCAAGCCAGUUCUCAACCACUCCAGCUUCAAAUGUGAGUACAAUCACUUGGCCAUUUCGUUCACCACCCUCAUCAGGGCCUACUCCGAACAUGCCAAUUGUGCAUCCGCCAAAGUUGCCACCAGGUUAUGCAGAACUCAAAGGACCGGGGAGCCAAAAUGGAAGUAAAAAUACCAAUCAGGGUGGAGACUCAUAAGUAAAAAUAGAACUUGUCCAUUCUCUCUUUGGUAUAAAUUGUUGUGGAACAUCAUAAUUAGUAGAUGAGGUUAGAGUUGUUUCUAUUUAUAUACCUGCAUUACAUGCCCAUAAUCGUGCUUGUGCUAGAAUGCAUGAAUUUGUUGUGGUAGGCAGAAGAAGGAAAGAAUGGAAUCCAAAGAAUUUAUUUUGAUUUUGAA